CUGAAAUAGUCUGUAACACGCAUGCUACUGAAAGGAUGGAAGUAUCUUGUAACGUCACGAAAUGAUGCAACCUGUCUUGCUGCUCAUUGUGAUGUCAUCAUCGCCUGCUCCACGAACAUUCUAUCCUAGACUGUAAAUGCUGCCGCGUCACAGACGGCUCUCAGUCUCUUUCGAGGACAGGAUUUGCGAAUGAAGCAAAUGAUCAGGCACGAGAUGCCAGCUCUUUAUUUUGGAUGCGGACGCGGCUGCGUCUCGCUGUGGCUCAUAGUCAUGUGCUUAGCGCCAUCACUGAGUCGCUGUUGCUACACGUGUUUCACCACGCCACAAGAUCAGGUAGAUGUCUGCACCUUCAUCAGUGAGAGGACAUCAUGGAAGGUUAAACAGUGUCAAGACAAAGUGAAGGGCUUUUUCCAGAAUGCCAGUGAGAUCCUGAUCCCAUACUCCCAAAAAGACAAAGUGAAGGAACUUCUUCAAGGCUAUACCAAGAGCAUCAAGAAGGAGGACUCUGAUAAUUGGUUUAUAAGCCUUGAACGUCUUGCCACGGAGUACACGGCACGGAUAAAGGACAUGGCAGCAAAGCACAAACCCGAUGCGUGCAAGCCUCCUUGUGGGUUGCAGAAAGCGGCUCAAGUGUUCAGCUGCAAGGAGUGUCUGGACGUGGAGUGCGACCUCCCUGUGGAUUGUCCCCUUGAAGACGUCCACAUCAGAGAACCGGCAAGGACAUCCGUCGACUGCAACACCGCGUUUACCAUCCCGGAGGAUAUUUCGGUGACGUGGAAAUUUGCAGAAAGAGUCCGGACAAAAGACCUCUCCUACUUUAAGAACAUUCAUACUGGAGAAGACCUGACUCUUUUGAUUCAGCCGACGAGGGCCUACCACCAGGGCACCUACGCCUGUGAAAUCACAGACGAGGACGAUGAUGUCAUUGCCAUAAAAUUCUUUUUUGUAAACGUAUCCCGGAUCGAGUACACGGCAGACAGCCAGCUGGGAGAAAUAUUUGACGCCGUUGUGAGGUCACCUGUGUCGCUGGAUAUAGCGCUUCCUGCCCCUCCUGCCCCUCCAUCGCGUUUCUCCGAUUCCAUCAUGAAGACCAUCUUUGGGUCGGAGAAAUCACUGAGCAGUAAAGCCACUAUUUACCUGACCGUGGCCUUUGCGCUUGUCGUCCUGCUGGUCAUCCUGGCAUGCGGAGCCGUCUGCUACUAUGCCAAUGACGUGGACUUCUCAUCGAUGGAAGACAGGAUGAGGGGAAUUCCGUAA